UGAACGAGAUUACAAGGUUGUUGCUGUGAUUCAUGGAGGACGCUUCGUCGUUAGCUGUCGAUCGACAUGGUCGAACGUGUGUUGAAAAAUCUGACGUGGAGAGCUCUGAGGAUGAGAAGAAGACGAGACUUGGGGGUCUUAAGAAGAAGGCAAUAAGUUCUUCCACCAAAUUCAGAAAUUCUCUCCAGAAAAUCAGGAGACAUAGCAGAGUUAUGUCUUCCGAUUGUAUCGAAGAUGACCUCGAUGCUAAAGAGCUACAAUCGGUGGCCGCGUUUCGCCAAGCACUCGUCGCCGAUGAUCUGUUACCUGCUAAACAUGAUGAUAAUCAUAUGAUGCUAAGAUUUCUGAAGGCCAGGAAAUUUGAUCAAGAUAAAGCAAAGCAAAUGUGGGCUGAUAUGCUGCAAUGGAGGAAGGAUUUUGGGGCUGACACAAUCAUGGAGGAUUUUGAUUUCAAGGAAUACGACGAGGUGAUCAAGUACUAUCCUCAAGGAUAUCAUGGAGUCGAUAAAGGUGGACGACCGGUUUAUAUUGAAAGACUUGGACAAGUCGACGCAAACAAGCUGACUCAAGUAACAACGAUCGACCGUUACCUGAGGUACCAUGUAAAGGACUUUGAAAAGACCUUGAAUGUUAAGCUCCCUGCUGCAUCUAUUGCAGCAAAAAGGCACAUUACUCAGAACACGACUAUAUUGGAUGUCGAAGGAGUGGGGCUUAAAAGCUUCAACAAGGCCGCGAGGGAGCUCCUUCAAUGCCUUCAGAAGAUUGAUGGUCACAAUUAUCCCGAGACUCUUAACCGCCUGUAUAUCAUCAAUGCUGGUUCUGGGUUUAAGCUGUUAUGGAGCUCGAUUAAAUCGUUCCUCGACCCGAAGACCACGACGAAAAUCAAUGUUUUGGGUAACAAAUACCAAAGUAAAUUGCUGGAAGUUAUUGAUGCUAGUGAACUGCCUGAAUUUUUUGGUGGUACCUGCAAUUGUUCAGACAAAGGAGGUUGCAUGGUUUCAGAUAAGGGUCCGUGGAACGAUCCCGAAAUAUUAAAGAGAGUCGAAAACGGUGAGGCCAAGAGCACAUGGAGAACUCUGUCAGGCAUCAAUGAGAAAGCAGGCCGAGAGCUUCAUUCCUCCGACAAGGAAAUAGCUAUGGACAGCACUGAAUGGCCUGCAGAGAAUCCAUCGUUGUCUCCGUUUCCGGAAACUUCAAUCAAGAAAAUGUGCCAGGAAUCCUAUGCCUAUGGCCAACUUAUGCCUAUAGUUGACAAGAGAAUGGAUGCUUCUUGGCCUAAAUCAGUUGAAUACGAAAAGUUCGCCGUCACCAAAGAUAGUUACCAGGUGAAGAAUGGUGGAAAGUCUAGUGAAGGAAUGGGAAGGGGCAUUUUCGGAGGAAUCAUAGCGUUCGCAAUGGGAUUCGUAACCAUGGUCCGCAUGUCCCGUGGCAUGCUGAAGAAACAAAGUUUAGCCCCGGUGUAUGAGGGUGGUCAAGUUUACUAUGCCAAGCAAAUCACCAGCCCUGCCCCACCACCGAUCACUAAUGCCGAAUUCUUCGCCAUGACAAAACGCGUGGCUGAUCUUGAAGAGAAAGUAGUCUUUCUCAGUUCGAAACCAGCCGUCAUGCCGCCUGAUAAAGAAGAGUUGUUGAAUGCUGCUUUAAGCAGAGUCUGCGUCCUGGAAAAAGCACUAUCUGAAACUAGGAAGGCACUUAAGGAUGCUCUUGGUAAACAAAGGGAGCUUCAGAAAUUCAUCGACAGGAAAGAGAUGAAGAAAUCUGCAAAUCACAAACUCUUUUCCUGCUUCAGAUCCUAAAAGAAGAUGACGCAAACCCUACUUAUA